CCUCCUCAUUACAAUUAUGAACAAUACUAUAACCCACAUUCCCCCUCUUCGUUAUCAUUACCAGCACUGCUAUUACCAUUAUCAUCCCCCAUCACUACCACGCCCCAUAGCCUCAUCCUCAUUACCAUCACAAUACUCACCACAGUCCUUUCCCACUCUCUCUCUCUCUCGCCCUCCGCCCCCCACCUCCACCCCAUGUCCCGCGGGGGUAGAUCGACCACGCCAGCGGAGAGACCACAAGUCGACUCAAGGUGACGUCAGUGGAGAGGAAGGACGGGGGGAUGUACUUCUGCGUUCCCUCCGGCUCACACCCCGCCUCGGUUCUCGUGCAUGUGACGCAUGACGGAGAGAACGAGGCCGUCAUCCAGCAGGGCGGACUGGAGGAUAAAAGCUCGUGCGCUGUCCCAUCCCCUUCCUCUCUGCCCUUCAUCGUUCCGUUCCUUCUCCUCCUCCUCCUCUCUCUUCCUUCUCUCCUCUUUGACAUACCUGCCAGGUUCCCCCUCCUCCCCCUCCUCCCUCUGCUCCUCUCUAGUCUUCACACCGACCUGCCUCUCCUGCCGCUGCUGCUGCUGUGUCACGCAGCCAGCCUCGCGAGGAUGCAGGUGCCAUAUUUCCGGCGGCUCCUCCGUCUGGCUCUCAACGCCGCCUGCGACAGUCGCCUCUCAUUUUUCUGCCUCUGCGUCGCCGUCGUGGCCAACACAGUCGUUAAUAUGCCACGUUUGGGAAAUAUUGUCUCGCUCCUCGUCACGAGACCUGUUGCGUCUUUCUCCCUCGCUCUCUCUUUUUACUUCUUAUUCCACAUUUUGAUCUCUUCCCUCUCUUUAUGCUCCCCCGACCAUUGUGUGGAGGCUCUGCUCUUAAAGCUCCACUGCUUUGUUGUCGACGUAUCCUGCUCAUCAGGUAGGCUUUGUAGGCAAUUUCCAGCAGCAGGCCACCAGCGCCACCUGACUUUCCCAGCGCAAUUUCAGUUCCAAAUAUCGUCUAUUAUUGAUUGUACUGUUCCAUACGCUUUUGUCGAACCGUACUAUUGUUCUCCCCGUGUGCCCAGUUCGCUCUUUUAUCAGAACGAUACCUUGUCACUCACUGGAACCCACGACCGAGAUUCGUACUGAUAGAAAUAAAGAACCGAGGGAGGACAAUCGUAAGGUACCUGUAUUUUCAUAUUUGAACAAGUUUUGUACGCUGUGACAUAUUAACAUAUCUAGAUGUAAAUGCUAGUAGGAAGUAUUCUUAUAUGAACGAUAUAUAAAGCAUUUCAGAUGCGAAUGGUGAUAUUUGAUUAUGUAAAUGCUCAGAGUACAUACCUAAAGUACCUAGUUUUAGGAAAAAAUAUAUUGUGUUAGCUUAGCAGAUACUGAUGAACAGCAUUUCAGAACUGAAAUAAGUGGUUUGUUGAAACAAGUAGCGAAAAGGAGUUCAUUGUUAUCUUAUUUAUGACAUAUUUUGGAAGCAUAAAGAUAUGAACUACAGAUGUUCACCAACUGUCAAUAGGUAUUGUACUAUAAAUGUACGUCUGUUUGCUUCUAUUUGUCUGCAUAUCUAGGUGUGCGUGUGUGUUAUGUACAUUUACAGUAGCCUCUUCUGGGCAGAAGUUUUAUACAUAAUCGUAAAAAAUAUGAAGAGGGACUAAUAUCACACCACUGUAUAUGGAUUAUUGAUGGAAUAAAAUGUAUUUGGCAAUUAGAAAAUCAACAUGUGCUCGCUAUGUCAAAGGCGGAAUAUUACGUAUUGCAAUUCUAUAUAACGAAUUACAUUCCUAUUUUCACCAGAGAAAUGGAUCAAGCAAAAUGUUAACGGAUAUUUCAGAUUCCCAGCCAGAAAGGGGCGGAGGGAGUCAAUAUGACCAAACAAAAAAUGCAUUCUUAAACCUUGAAAAGACACCUGAUUUAAGUAUUUGCUUUAUGUUUCGGUCAUAUUUUAUAGUAUGUACUCCGACGUUAUCUACAUAAGCUGUGUUGUUUUGUAUCAUUCAUACACCUGAGUUUGCACAGUAGAGAAACAUCCUUAAAUCUAGCAGACACGAGCUCGGUGGUCUCGAAGAUAUCGUGGGUGCUUCUUUAUCCUAAGUCUUUCUCAGAAGACAGUAAGAAGUCUGCAUUGGUGAUGUUUAACAUAUGAGACAGCCGCCAGAAUAUCCAAUACCAAUACUAUUGAAUAUCUUGCUUUCUUACUAGGUAAACCUUUGUUCCGGAUCAUUACGAUAAUACAAAUAUUGGACCAUCAGGAUUUUGUUUUAUAUUUCCCUUUUAUUUCUCACUUGAAAUCGUUUAUUUUUACCGUAGGGUUUACAAAGAACAAAGGAGAAAGUAUGUGUGUACAUAUGCCUCGAUUUAUAUUCGCCAUAUGAUAUCUUUUUUGUAUAUGUGGUUGAUAAACUAUUCACACGC